AUGAACUGCUUUUGUAAACUUUUUCAGACCAAAAAGAAAAGCAAGGUGAGUAUAUUUAGAAAAAUUGGCUUUCGAACCCGGAAAAUUUGACAAUUUCAAAAAGGUUCCGAUUUUUCAGCUCUGAUUCAAAAAAAAAUUUCUAAAAAAACACAGAAUGUUGCCUCGAACUUUUUCAUUGCCCUGUGUCAUCAAAAUAUAGGCGGAAUCAACAUUUAUUUGAAAAUUCAGAGAGAAUUUCUGAUUGAUAUUUUGAGUUGAAUUAUAAAGUCUAACUUUCCAGAGAGAUGUCGGAGAUGUGGGAGACGAUGUUUAUUUAAAAACUCUGUUCAGAAACUUCGAUCUCAAUGGUGAUGGAUUCAUUCAAAAGGUAAGAAUUAAUGAAUUUUUUAACAUCAUUUUUCUUUUCAUUUUUCCAGGAAGAAUUGAGAUCAGUGAUGCAAAAAAUGAAUCCAAGUUCAACCGAAGAAGAUUUGAAUGAAAUGUUCCUCUCGGCUGAUAAGAAUAGCGAUGGGGCUAUUGAUUUCACCGGUCAGUUUUUGGGAUGUAGUUAUGUAUAUUUAGAAACCAGUUUGGAAAAAAAUCCGCUAAAGUUUUUGAUAUUUUGCAGAAUUCCUCGGGAUAGUGCGUGCUUAUCUACUUCCACCAUCAUCUCGCGAUUUGUUUGACGAAAUUGACGUUAAUGGAGAUGGUUAUAUUUCACUAUCUGAACUUCAAGCCGCUUACCAAAGAUCGGGACAUUCUUUGAGCGAUCAAGGCAUGAAAGCUAUUUUUAAAAAGUUUGAUAAAAAUAAUGAUGGACGAAUCAAUUAUUACGGUUGGUUUAUUUUUUUCAGUUUGCUUUCUAUAUAUCAAAACUUGGCAACUCAAAUCCAUCAUACCUCCAGAUUUUUCCAGAGUUCUGUAAAAUCAUCGAUCGUAAGAAACACUAA